CGCGCUCCCCCCUCAAUAUUAGUAUAUAUUGGCGCCGAAGGUGCCUUUAGAAAAUUUUAGGAUCGGUCACUAAAAACGGAUAUCUCAAAAUAGUGCAAAGAGGGGACCCUUUAAAAAUAUUAAAAAACAAAAGCUUUGUUGUAAAUAGUGACUUUUAGUGACCAUUGGAAAAAUAGUGACGAAUUAGUGACCAAUAGUGACUGGUCACUAAAAUAGUGACCAAGUGGUCACACUGCAUCGAUCGGAAAAAGAAAAAACUUUUAUACUACUACACUGUUACUACCUUUCAACGGCGUGACGCGACUAUUUAUAACAAGCGGCACCUCGUAAGAGGCGACAAUUACCGUUACGAAAUGUCGCCUGUUGAAAAUUAUCCCGUCUUACAAAAUGCCAUCUUUUUUGCCUAACCCUCCAACGGACCGUUCAAUGAAUCCUUGAAUUGUAAGGAACUAUGGCGUAGGUUUGUAUUUUUUUUCGCGGAAUUUUAGAAUUCUCAAGCAAAAUCCGCAGGGAGUCACUUGACAUCAAAUUGAAGUCCGAUUGGUCGUGAUUUAUUAUUUUAAAAAAAAACAGCCAGCUUUUACUUUAACCAGGUAUAAUCAGGUUUUAUAGCGAGCAGUUGGUUGAUCCAAGAUAAAAAAUGCUGCCCCAUUCACUGCUGUUUUAUGGUUGCAAGUACAGAAAAAAUGUAACCUACAAAAAAAAUCGUAAAUUUUUGAGCAGCUCAGAUGCAAUAACAAAAUGUUGUGAACAAUUUCGUGAACAUAAAAUGAGAAACAUGGACGUAAGUGUCUGAAGAAUGACAUUAGUCAAUUUUUCUGAUUUUCUUAAUUGAGAAAAACUUACUGUAUUUAUAUUCGAGUUCUCAACUUCGAAAGAUAUAGAGGUACCUCUAAUGAUGGUAGCUCUCUCUAAUUGUCUAUGUUUAUUCAGUCACACAUGUGUAUCAUUUACUCUGUUGAAAGUGCCUCAACUAAAGUCCAGGGCGCCAAAAAGAUAUCUCGUCUUCAAAUCAAGCAGUCAUGUUUCUGUCCUUUAAAAGAUGCCUAUUCUUCAAUUCAAGCCGUUAUAUACUUCUGGAAACAACUUUUUAUUUUGCGUCGAAUUGCGUUGACGAGUUUGUGUUGAGAAAAACUGACUCCACAAAUAUUGAACGGCUGGAAUUGAAGAAUAGUUAUCUAUUAAUGACAGAAAUAUGACCGCUUGAUUUGAAGAACAGAUCUUUUUAGCGCCUUGAUUUUAGUUUCGCGACACUUGAACAAAACGAUCUCAAAUUAUUCUCCUUUUUCUUGGUUGAAUAAAAGAAAUUUUAAGACGUCUUUUGCAGGUCCUUCAGGCGUUUAAAAAAUCGACAGUCAACAAUCGACAUUCAGGCAGCUUGAAAAACGAAACAAUUGUAUUUCAAGCAUCUCUUUCAGAAUAUUCACUCCCCCUUUCGUGUUUGCUACCAUUUUGUGACAAGAUUUGAACAUAUAACUUUCCAGCGAUUAAGUAAAAAAGCUCAAUUCUUUUUUCGACUAACUAACAAUUACAAAAUGAAAACAAGUGAAUCCGUGGCCUUUUUGCUGCUCCUUGGAGCAACUCUGGUCACCAGCUCACCCACUGAUGUCUCUAACCCCCUUGCCGUCUUGCAACAACAAGCACAGAUCAUGUUCGCUGGUUCCAAAGAAGAACUCGCGGGAAUCUGCGAAGAAUCAAAGGAGGUCACCAGAACACUGAUGAAGAAGGCAAAGGCAAAAGGAGCUUCUUCUGACGAAGUCAUAAUGAUGCGUGCGACUAACAUGGCUUGUGAUAAGGUUGAAAAUGACGAGUUUGUUUUGAAACAGGCGUCGCUUGACGAGCUGUUUGACAUUGUCAGAGGAUUUCUAGCCGUCGACAGAAUUGUCGACGUAGAUCUCGCCGCUAAGGCGUUCAAAGCGAUCAUUGAACAGACAACCGAACUGCAGCGGAUGGCUAAAACCGACUACAUUGCAGAGGUGAACGCACUCAAAUCGAAAUACCCAGAUGACGCCGUCUUGCUUUUACUUGCGGACCAGGCGAUAGGAUACUCUGAGCAAUACACAGUAAAAGUAAAUACCCUCACAACAAAUGUCAACGAUUUCAUCGCUCGAAUGAAGGCCGCUUUUGCUUAAGAAAAAAGAAUUCAUUGAAAAUGUUUCAAAAAUGGGAGUCUCGUAUUCAAGAAAAUCAAAUGACUUCCUUCAUGUUAUCUGUGGUUAACACCACAGUUCAUAUUUUGGUUUAACAUCACAAAGUUCCUAACUUGAGGUUAUUGGGUAAAUUGGUUGAGGCUGAUCAAAGUAGUGAUUAAAAAUCAGCAAUUAUCACAAAACAUAGCUCAAUGAGUUCUAAUUGAUACGAAAAUCUAA